AUGAGCUCCUUACUUCGUCAAUAUCUCGAGCUACGAGCUCCUUACUUCGUCAAUAUCUCGAGCUACGAGCUCCUUACUUCGUCAAUAUCUCGAGCUACGAGCUCCUUACUUCGUCAAUAUCUCGAGCUACGAGCUCCUUACUUCGUCAAUAUCUCGAGCUACGAGCUCCUUAUUUCGUCAAUAUCUAACUGUGUUGGAAGGAAACACAGCUCCCCAUCAGCCUCCCAGAAUGGAAUCACGUACAACAAAGCCCACAGGAUGCCAGGGAGUCAGUGGGCACCCUGGGGCCAGGAGCAAAGACUCAACCUCUGUAAACACAAAUCAAGGAGUUCAAACAGGGUAUGGUUUACGCUUCACCUCUUCACCUUCCCCUUACAGCAGGUGAAGGCGGUAGACGGUGAUGCCGGUCGUCACGGACAUCUCACCUAUAGUGUGUCAGGUGACGGCAUCUUCAAGAAUGGCACCCGGUCCUGCUUCUCCGUGCACCCUACCUCUGGCACCGUGCACCUCCUCAGGCCACUGGACCGUGAUCCUCCCCACGGACGCCCACAGUGGAGGCUAAGGGUGUGGGCCACGGACGGGGAACUGGAUGCCGCCACGGACGUCAGGGUCAACCUCAAGGACAUUAACGACAACGCUCCCUUCUUCCCCUUUCUCACCACCCACGCCAGCGUCUCCGAAGAUGCUCCGCCAGGUUCGUCAGUAGUGCGGGUGGUGGCCGUGGACCACGACGACCCUCAGGAGGCUGACAACGCCAAGGUCACCUACUCGCUGGAGAAGAACGCCAUCGACGAGUCGACUGGGAAGGCCAUCUUUGCUAUCGACAGCAAUUUGGGGCUCAUCACCACCGCCUUCUGCUGUCUAGACAGAGAGAAGACCCAUCGGUACAUCAUCCAGGUGGUGGCUACUGACGGAGGUGGCCUCAAGGGUACAGGAACUGUGGUUAUUGACGUUGAGGAUGUGAACGACGUCCCUCCCAGGUUCUCCCAGCCAGAAUGGACGCUGAAAGUAUCUGAGAACCUCACUCCUGACGACGUCCUGGCCACCCUGACCGUCCAAGACACCGACAUCUCCAAUUAUUUCACAUUCAGGGUGGUACCGGAGAGCGGCCGAGGAUGGGAGUUGUUCAGGGUUGAGGGGCGUCCUGGAGGAGGCCCAGAAGGAGACCUACGAGCUGUGCAACCCUUGGACUACGAGGAUCCAGAUCACAGAAGAGGCUUCAGCUUCAAAGUACAAGUUACAGACAUGGGAACGUCUGGUCGUGACGACGACGCAGACGACCACACAACAGAGACGUGGGACGACCACACAGCAGAAACGUGGGUUCGAGUCUUCCUCGAAGACGUCAACGACAACGACCCCGUGUUCAGCGAGAACCACGCCCACCUCAGUCUUCCCGAGGACACGCCCCCAGGCACACACCUCACCACCUUCACUGCCCUUGACCCGGACGCUGGCGGUGAGAAGGCAGUUACCUACAGCAUCGCCUCCGACAGUGACCCUGGGCGGCAGUUCAGUGUGGAUGGAUCGGGAGCUGUAAGGGUGGUGGGCGGCAUGGACCGGGAAGUAGCGGCCGCCCACACUGUGCUGGUAUGGGCGGUGGACCAGGGCCACCCACCCAGGACGACCACAGCCACCCUUAGUGUAAACGUGACGGACGUGAACGACAACCCGCCGUUCCUAGUGGGACCCCAGGAGGUGCAGGUAGUGGAGAACGGCGAGGCGCAGGAGGUAGCAAGAGUCAAGCUAGGUGACCCCGACGACUGGAGCCGGGGUCACGGCCCCCCCUUCAGCGUGGUGCUGGAUCCGCGGGCGCCACGACACGUCGCUGCCAACAUAAAGGUCACGCUGGAUAAGAGAGGUGACGAAGGGCGUGGUGUGGGCGUGGUGUGGGCACGGGCGGGACUAGACAGAGAGGAGAGACGGACGAUACUGGUGCCACUGGUGGUUGGUGAUGCUGGUAGACCGUCACUCUCCGCUACUGUCACACUCAGCCUCCAGGUAGCAGACGUCAAUGAUAAUCCCAUGUCUCCAGCCUCCAAGACUGUCACUGUCCACACCCUCCAGUCACAGGGAGAACCGGUGCCCCUAGGGAGGGUAUAUGUGAGGGAUCCUGAUGACUGGGACGCCAGGCAGAAGACAUAUUCCUGGAGACUUCACCAUCCUGGGUUUUUUCUUGCCUCCUCCUCCGGGGACCUCACCAUGACCCCGCUUACCCCUGAUGGACGAUACGAAUUGGGGUUCACUGUGAGUGACGUCACACACGGAAUUUCUGACGUCGACGCCAACGUCACUGUUGACGUCAUUUCCGUCAGCCUGAAUGACGUCAUUGAUGCCACUCCAAUCACCCUGCUGACUGACAGCUACCGUCUAGUGAACCAGGACCAGGAUGGAGGCUCUAUACUGACGCGUCUGGUGUGGGCGGUGAGGUCGUGGGCGGAGGUGGGGGCGGAUGUGGGUGUACGGGCGGUGUCGGUGCAGCCGCUGGGUCAACACACCACGCCCACGCCCACGCCCACAACCCGCGUCUGGUUAUCGUCUUCCGGUAUUGCAAACUUUGGUCACGUAUUACUGCAUCGCAAACGUCAGUUGAGCAAAGCAAUAGGUGUCACCAUAAGAGAGGUGGGCGUGAGCAACUGCGACGAGGCCGCCCAUGACGAGGCCACCCAUGACGCUGCCAUCCCCAACGAGGCCGGAAGGUGCGUGGGUGGGUGUUGGGUGAGCCUGAACGGUGGGUUUAACAUCGUCGAUGCCAACACUUCAGCUGUAGUGGGUCCCAGAGUCACCCUCCGUGGUGGGUGUGGCUGUGGUGACGCCACACCUGCUGUCGGUCACUUCUGUACACCACACACCUGCCUCAACGGCGGAAGGUGUGUUCCAACCUCCACAGGCACAAGGUGUGUGUGUCCUCAUGGUACCUGGGGCUUGCGUUGUAAAAUCCUCAUACGCCAUUUCGAAGGCGGUGGACCUACCCAAAACACUGAGAGCUUCGAGAACGGUAUGCCCCAAGUAGGUGGAUGGGCGUGGGUUUCCCCUAUUCCACCCUGUACAGAGGUCCAUGUGAGCCUUGAGAUCCUGACUAAGGACAAGUCAGCCACUCUGCUCUACUCUGGAGCAGACCAGGUACAGCAGGGGAACCCAGGGUCAGGGACGGUCUCCAUCAGGGAUCUUCUACUGCUGGAGCUGCGACAGGGACGCCCCUCCCUAGUGUUAGAUCUUGGUGACGGCCUCGUCACCCUUACCCUCAGCGCCUCAUACUCCCUUGCCGAUAACGCCUGGCACAGGAUCGACAUCUUAUGGAAGGAUAAGCAGGUGGAAUUAAUCGUGGACCUGUGCUCGGGCGGCAGCAUCGAGACACCCCUCACAACCGCCCACGAUCACUCCACUCCGCCCACCUGCCGGGCCUCCUCCACCCUACCUGGGACUGCCCGCAUCCUCAACACGGGCGGCCCGCUUCAGGUGGGCGGGCAGGUGCAUCUAAACACUUCACACCUCCAGGGGUGUAUAAGGAAUCUCAGAGUCAAUGGCCAGCUAGUGGACCUGGGUGUCGGUGUGUUGAGUAGGAGGAGUUUUCCCGGGUGUCCUGCCUCAAAUUGUCGCUCCAGCGGCCUCCACUGUGGCCUCCACGGCAGAUGCCAGGGAUCUCCAGGGUCAUUGAGGUGCGGGUGCCAGGCAGGGUGGUCAGGGCCAGGGUGUGGCACCCCGACCACACCAACAACCUUCCUUCUCAACAGUUACAUAAAGCUGGCACUCUCCUUCACCCCUCUGGGCUACACGACAUCCAUCUCUCUCAGGUUCAGGACAUGGAGGAGGAGUGGGCAGCUGGUCAUGCUAUCUUCACAACAUGGGAGAGAGAGCUGGUCGCUGCAGCUGGUUGAGGGACAUCUGUGUGUGUUACUGCAGAUGGUUCAUACACAGCCAUCUCUCUCUUCUCUCUGCCUCUCCAGGGCCAGCCUCUCAGAUGGUCGAUGGCACUACCUCGCAGCUGUCAGGUAUGGUACUGUGAGUCUCCUAACUGUGGAUGACGGUGAUAAUGAGCUAUACAAUGCUUCCAUGGUGCUGGAAGGGCAGCAGCAGCAACAACAGCUACUGCAGGUGGACAAGCAGGAAGGUGUUCACAUUGGAGGUACACCAGAGUUUCUCGAUGUCAGUGUCUUCAGGAUCCACGGAGAUUUCUUUGACGGAUGCAUUGACGACCUGCGGAUCUCCGGGAGGAGGGUGCCGUUACCGCCUGCAGUCAACAGCACAGCCUGGGGUCAAGCUAGCGUCUUCAAGGGCGUGGAGCGAGGAUGUGUUGGUCCCUCUGCCUGUGCUAAUAUCUCCUGUAGGGCACCCCUUUCCUGUGUGGACACCUGGAGGUCCUACCACUGUGGAUGUGGUGAGGGACGUGUUUUAGAAGGUGGAACCACAUGCAGAGAGCUAGACUACUGUAUGUGGCAACCUUGUCUCAAUGGAGGUACCUGCCUCAAUACACGCCCAGGGUAUGCCUGCGUAUGUUCAGCGGGUUUCAGUGGACAGCACUGUCAUCUACCAGAUGCUACUGACACUACACUUAAACUACCUCUAGGAAUUCUCGUUACAUUGGUUGUCUUCUGCACAUUUCUCUUUUUGUUAAUAUGCGCCUUCCUGCUCCACCAACACCACCAUCGUCGCUCGGCACUGCGGAAGAACACUGGCGAUGCCAACGAUGAUGCCAAGGGAAGCACCACCAGCGUCACCUGCAAGAAGCAGGUAGCAUCCCCCUGCAGCCACACACCCAACCUGCUGGAACUGCAGCUGAUGAACCCACCUGGAGACAAGGGUCAACCUCCCUGGACCAAAAACCCUAACAUAGCAGAUGUAGAUGUUCUACGGGUGGAGAGCUCGUCCCUUCCUUGUGGCAGCUUGAUGGAGAAGGUCCACCACCACCAUAAUCACCAACAGAGAGGUGUAUCAGAUAUAUCCCCAUCGCCACCACUGCACCACCAUCUUCAACAACACAGAGGUGUACUGGAUACGUCUUCCUCGCCACCACAGCAUCACCACCACCACCAAAAGAAGGGUGUCUCGGGCUUGUCUGCUUUACACCAAGAACCAGAGAUCAACUAUGAGAAAGAGCCGAGAAAUGACAGAGAUGUAAGAGGUCUUGUGAGUGGCAAUGGCAGCGACAAACACUUAGAUACACACCAUGGAAUAGAAUCCUGACACGCUACUGGCCAGUUUUCCAACCAUUCAAAAGAAACAAAGGAUGAUGCUCAGGCCAUCAUCUUCAAACAUACACUUGAUCCCACUGCUGAGAAGAUCAUUAAUGCACCAGUACAACCAGAGAGCUUUGUCGACUCUACCGCUGGACACACCCACACUUUCUCUUGACAUUAGGCUGAAGAAUAACAAACAAACUUUAAAAAAAACUUAUACACCACUUCAAAGAACUCGACAUUUGAUGAAAAUUGUAUUACUCUUAUUGUUUAUAUAUAAUUUUCGGUUGUUGGUUAAGAGGUGUGAUAAAGGGGAGCAAGUUACAGUAAUUAUAGUUCAGAACUUGUGUUCAU